UUUCAUCAACCCUCUUCUUUAUAUAUUAUUCUUUUACAACUAACUUUAAUGAAAGUAUAUUCUUUAGAACAAGUGGAGGCACAUGCCAGUUUAGAUUCAUGUUGGAUGGUAUACAAAGGAAAAGUAUAUGAUGUGACUCCAUUCGCCAAAGAUCAUCCAGGAGGUCAAGAUAUCUUUCUCCAGUUUGCUGGUGCCGACGUGUCAAGUAUUCUUUCAGAUAUCUCUGUACAUGAACAUUCUGAUUCGGCAUAUGAUUUAUUGGAAGAAUAUUGUAUUGGUGUUUUAUCAACAACAACGACAAAAGUAUUGGAAGACACGACAAGUUUACAAAAACAAACGGCACAAUUAGGUCAUGAACGCGAUCGACUUUUUCUUGAUCUCAAUAAACCUUUAUUUCCUCAACUUUGGCAUGCUACUUAUUCCAAGGCAUUUUAUUUGGAACAAGUUCAUCGACCACGUUAUACUCCUCAUUACGUACCUUAUUUUGCUGACCCUGUAUUGGAUAUUUUAUCACGUACUACUUGGUAUACUGUACCUAUGCUUUGGCUUCCUUUUAUUCUAUAUCAAUUAUGGUGUUCUCUUGACUUGAAUCAUCAAUCCUCUGCUGCUGGUACUAUACUGACUUUGAAAGGAUUUAUGGGUGGUGUCUUCUUUUGGACUUUGUUGGAAUAUGGUCUUCAUCGAUUUUUGUUUCAUUUAGAUGAUUUUCUUCCAGAUCAUCCGAUUGCCUUAUUGGUCCAUUUCACAUUACAUGGUAUUCAUCAUUAUAUGCCUAUGGAUAGAUUACGAUUAGUGAUGCCUCCUGCUUUGACCAUAGUGAUCAGUUUUCCAAUUUUUAAAUUAGCUAAUGUUUUGUUUAUGGCGGCAACAGCACAUGCAUUUAUGGCGGGCGCUUUCUUUGGUUAUGUGUGCUAUGACAUGGUUCACUAUUAUCUACACCAUGCAAAAGUGAUGGAACUCCAUUUCAAAGAAAUGAAACGAUAUCAUUUAGCUCAUCAUUACAAGGAUUUUGAAAGUGGAUUUGGUAUUACUUCGAAGUUAUGGGAUUAUGUCUUUGGUACGGUAUUGGAAUUACCUAUGGAAGAAACCCUUUCAACCAUAAACAACAAAACAAUAUCAUAGCAACAAUAUUACAUACAUACAGAUACGUACAUACAUACUUCUCUUUCUUUUUAUAUAUAUUUAUAUAUUUAUACAUACCCCCCCCUCUCUCUCUCCCCUCUUUUAUCUUUCUCCUUUCGUUUUAUAUAUAUUUUAU